GAGGGGAGAGGGGGGAGGAGAGGAUCCCGGUCAUACACAUGACCAGUAGUCACCUUGUGAUAAUGCACCGUACCGCUGUCACACCCGCACACAUUGGGACUCUACAACGUAUUCUUUCCAGGGAUGUCUUCUAUUGACACGCCGCUUGGCUUUUCCUCCUUCUAGUGUCCUGUGGUGAUGGAAGAAGAUCUGUCAGCAGAUAUUUGUGUAGUGCCUCCUCCUCCUCCUCCUCCUCCUGGCUGCAGAUCAUCGCUGUGUGGGAGGGCAGGGAUGGUCCUGAUCUUUUCUAUUUCUUGCUAGACAUCCACAUGCAGACCGUUAUCCUUGUACAGGUUGUCACCGGCCCGAGCGGGUGUGCUGCUGACCAUUGUCUUCCCGGUGAUCCUACAGCUCGUGUGUAUGUGUUCUACCAGCGACUCUCAUCGUCAUCUACCUGAUCAUUAUUAUUAUGGUGAAAUUGCCGGCACUCACCCCUUACUGGCCGCUCAUCACAUUCCUCGUACCUCUGGGGAUCACCAACAUCGCCAUCGACUUCGGGGAGCAGGCCUUAAACCGGGGUAUAGCUGCUGUUAAAGAAGAUGCCAUCGAGAUGCUUGCCAGCUAUGGUCUGGCAUACUCCCUGAUGAAGUUUUUCACUGGUCCCAUGAGCGACUUUAAGAAUGUGGGACUAGUAUUUGUGAACAGUAAAAGGGACCGAAUGAAGGCCGUACUGUGUAUGGUUGUAGCCGGUAUUGUGGCAGCAGUCUUUCACACACUCAUAGCCUAUAGUGACAUGGGAUAUUAUAUUAUCAACAAGCUCCACCAUGUAGAUGAGUCAGUGGGAAGUAAAACACGGAAAGCUUUUCUUUAUUUGGCAGCUUUUCCUUUUAUGGAUGCUAUGGCCUGGACACAUGCUGGCAUUUUACUGAAACACAAGUACAGCUUUCUGGUUGGAUGUGCCUCUAUCUCUGAUGUCAUAGCACAGGUUGUGUUUGUUGCCAUUCUGCUCCACAGUCACUUGGAAUGCCGGGAGCCUCUUCUAAUUCCAAUACUCUCCUUAUACAUUGGAGCACUUGUGCGCUGCACAACAUUAUGUUUAGGAUAUUACAAGAACAUUCAUGACAAGAUACCUGACAGAACUGGACCAGAACUUGGGGGAGAAGCCACAAUAAGAAAGAUGCUGAGUUUCUGGUGGCCGUUAGCUCUAAUAUUAGCUACUCAGCGAAUCAGCAGACCCAUUGUUAAUCUCUUUGUCUCACGUGACCUGGGUGGAAGUGCUGCAGCCACAGAGGCAGUGGCCAUUCUUACAGCUACCUACCCUGUUGGACACAUGCCAUAUGGUUGGCUAACGGAGAUCCGAGCUGUUUAUCCUGCAUUUGACAAGACUAAUCCUAGCAAUAAAUUGUCAAACAGUGGCAGUACGGUGACAAAAACCCACAUUAAGAACUUCACCUUCGUCUGUAUGGCUCUUUCCUUAACGCUGUGCUUUGUGAUGUUCUGGACUCCAAAUGUAUCAGAGAAGAUCCUAGUUGACAUCAUUGGAGUAGAUUUUGCUUUUGCAGAGCUGUGUGUUAUCCCUUUGAGGCUAUUUUCCUUCUUCCCUGUACCAGUUACUGUGCGGGCCCACUUAACUGGCUGGCUAAUGACACUGAAGAAGACGUUUGUCCUGGCACCCAGCUCUGUUCUAAGAAUUAUCGUUCUAAUCUCUAGUCUUAUUAUCUUGCCUUACAUGGGGGUUCAUGGAGCCACAUUAGGUGUAGGAUCCCUCCUCGCUGGCUUUGUAGGAGAGUCCACAAUGGUUGCUAUUGCAUCUCUUUACGUAUAUCGAAAACAGAAAAAGAAGAACGAUACGGAGACUGCAGUAGAAGGGGAAGAUUCAGCAAUGACUGAUAUGCCACAGUCUGAGGAAUUAACAGACAUUGUUGAGAUGAGGGAAGAUGAAGAGUGAACAGGAUAUUGGGACAUUUUGUGCAACAGAAGACAAAGCCCCUCCCUGUUAAUGGUCUUUAGUCAAACUAUAUUUUAUUUGUAUGAACACUUGGAUUCAGAAGGCUCCAGCUUUAGCAUACUAAGUAUGCUUUUUAGAGAGAGCCUGAAAGAGGCUCCAUGCUUUACAGAAACCACAUCUUUAUCUUCACAACCCAUGGAUAUUUUUUUUAUCAACUUGCAUAUAGAAAGACUUUGGAUGCUUACUACAUGAAACUGUUGGAUUAUUUCCAUUUGUCAAC